CUUUUUUAUCAUCACAUUCAGUAGAAUGAACCGUCACAGGACUGGCCACAUCCUGAAUCAGGACAGUCUCCCAUUGGUUGUUGGAAGAUCAUUAAACACCCACAUUGUCAAUAGUGGGACCCUAAUGGUGGGUAUAUAGGCAGUCGUCUUGCAGCUGAAUGCAACAGACACUAAAUUUCAUCAACUUGAAUUAACCAUUCAAUUUGAAACCAUCAACAAUUUUCCACCUCCAUCGAGCUGUAACAUUACCAGUAUUUUUUGUGUUUUACAGAAACGCUAAAUUACUUGCUACAGUGCACCAUGGUUAUGCUGAAGAUCUCUGCUUUCUUCGUGGCCUACGCUUUGAUUAUCUGUCAGAUGUACUGCUCAGAUGCAGCACCAUCCAGGCCUGCUCUGGAGCCCUUACCAGAUGAUGCCAUGCUCUCUGACUAUGAAGCAAGGCGAUUGCUAAAUGCAUUUAUAAAAGAGUUUGUCCAGAUGACUGCAGAAGACCUUGAUCAGCAGGAGACUGAGGAGAACAGCAUGGGCAGACCCAUGUCCAAGCGCUGCUCCAACCUGAGCACCUGUGUUCUGGGAAAGCUUUCACAGGAGCUGCACAAACUGCAGACAUUCCCACGCACCAACGUAGGAGCAGGAACCCCAGGAAAGAAGCGCAGCGCAGAGCAUGUGUACAGAGAACUGACCGAUCUCAUCUAAACAGCUCUCUGCCUUCAUCCUGAUAUUUCAGUGUCAAUGCAUGUGGAUUUCUUUUUGCUUGUAUGAUUUGAUUUCCUCAUUUUGUCCUUUUUUUUAUCUUUUAUUGGCAGAGACAGCAUACUUUACUGCCUUUCUUUCUUAAUGUCUUACUUAUUUGUUUCUACUUGGGCAGCUCUCAUUGAAAAAUAGUCUUACAUUUUACCUGAAUAAACAUAUUUUUACAAAAGAA